CUACAAACGACCUAGUCGUUGUGCACAAUUCAGUUAUUGUACUAUGUAUCACGAGGGUGAUUCUAGUGGCAUAGAAAAUAUAUUCGGAGAUCAGAAUGAGGCAGGACGCGUCACCACCGUUGUUAUGCGAGCGAAAAAAGCUUUCAGAAGUAGGAUUUUAGGACGGGAAGGAACACGAUACCUAAAAAAUAAAAAAUCUUGCUUUAUACUAAGAAGUUUCCAUUAUAAAGAGUGUGUGAACUUUGUACCAGAUCCUAAUAAACCUCCGCGUCCAGAUGGACACAUUAAAUGCUAUUGUGGAGAAUUGGAUUAUAAACAUGAUAACUAUGAGGACGUAAUCAAUGACACUAAUGAUAAUAAUAAUAAUAAUAAUAAUAAUAAUAAUAAUAAUAAUAAAUGGACAGAGUCAAACGAUAUAAAAAUCAUUGGAGCAACAAAUGCUUUUGGUCAGAUUACAUUUUCCGACUCUCCUAUUCAAAAACCCACAGAGUUUGUUCGAAUAUCGGAUGAAGAUAAACUUGAAGAUGUAAUGACACUUAUGAAAGAUUAUUGGAAAAUGAUGGAACCUGAGAAACCAAGUUUAUGCAUAUCUGUUAUUGGUGGUGCAAAGAAUUUUGUUCUUGAUGGACAUAAAAAAGAUGUUUUCUAUUCAGGUUUAGUUCAAGCUGCACGAAGUACCAAAGCAUGGAUUGUAACGUCUGGUUUAAAUUUGGGCAUUGUACGAAUGGUUGGCAAAGCGUUACAAGAUCAAACAUUUUAUUUUGAUAAAUGGAAACCAUCUGAUUCACUGAUUUGUCUCGGCAUUGCUCCAUGGGGUUAUGUGUUAAAUCGAGAAACACUUAUUUCUGAAGAUCAUAUUACACCUGUACGAUAUGAAGUGACAGAUUUUAUAGCUCGUGAUUCACCAGUUUCUUUAAAUCAAAAUCAUACACAUUAUAUAUUUGUUGAUGAAGGACGACGUUUAAGAUAUGGUGGAAGUAAAUCAGCGGAAUUUCGUGCUAAAUUAGAAAAACAAAUUGCUAUUCCCGUUGAAAAGGGUGGUUUUGGUAUUCCCGUAGUGCUUGUCAUUGUUGAAGGUGGUCAUGAUGUGUUUAUUGAUGCUAAGAACAGUAUCACGGAACAUGUUCCUGUAGUGAUUUGUUCUGGUACUGGUCGAGCGGCUGAUAUCCUAACACUAGCAUUUGAGUAUCGUAUGAAAAAUGAUGAAUUUCAUGGAUUCUCCAAUAUGGAAUUGACUAUUUUAAAACAACGAUUACAAAAUGUUUCAGAUAGUCCAACAAAAAUUGAUGCUGCUUUAAAAAUGAUUGAAUUUAUUGUACAAAAUAAAAAUUUAAUUACAACAUUCGAUAUGAAUCAAUCGAAUGAUUUAGAUUUAGCUAUUCUAUUCUCAUUAAUUAAAACCUCUUCAGAUUUAGAUAAACAAUUAGCAUUAGCAUUCACAUGGAAACGUAGUGAUAUUGCACGUGAGAAAAUAUUUCAACAAGGCAAUCAAUUUGAUCAAACAACAUUGGAACAUUUUAUGUUAGAAGCAUUAAAAAUGGAUGAACUUGAUUUUGUGAAAUUAUUUCUGCAUAAUGGUGUUACAAUGAAAACAUUUCUCACGGUUGAUCGAUUACGUAUACUGUAUAAUCAUUCAAUACGACGUGAUGGAUUAAUUCGUUGUCUUCGAAAAUAUAAACUUUCACAUUUACCAACAAAUCUUGUUCAUAAUAAUGUGAAAGAUGACAACAGCAGCAGCAGCAGUCCAUUUAAAGAGUUGUUACCGAAGAAAUUACAAUUAACUACUAUAAAUCUAUUGUUAUCUAGAAUGUUAGGAAAUUUUGACAAUUAUCUUUAUAGUGCUGAUGAAGCUAGUUUUAAUGCACCGAAUAUAGUGAAUAGAUCGAGAUUUCCCUCGCCAUUUCAAGAAUUAUUUCUUUGGGCCGUAUUACAUAAUCGUCAACAAAUGGCAUUAUAUUUUUGGGAGUUUAGUGAAAAUGGUCUCAUCUUAGCUCUGAUCGGUUGUUGUCUUUAUACAAAAAUGAUUAAAUCAUUACCAGCUUAUGAUACAGAAGCAAAAGCUUUAUAUGAAUCGUAUGUUAAAGAAUUUGAAAUGAUUGCAACUCGUUUAUUAGAAAAAUGUUAUACAACAAGUGAGGAGCUUACAUUAAAUCUUUUAGAAAAAGAAACAUACAUUUGGGGUAAUUUCAAUUGUCUAAGAUUAGCUGCUCAAUCAGUACGUAGAAAAUUUAUCAGUACAACAGCAUGUCAAGAUUCAUUGUAUCGUGCAUGGCGUCAAGGUGUGCAUACAAAUGUAUUUAUAAUCUUAGCUACAUUGAUUUGUCCUUUUCUACUGUUUUUUGAUUGUUUAUAUCAAUGGGAAGAUCAUCGUAGCAUGGAAUAUGAUGCACAACCAAUCGGUGAUUCCAUGAUGACCAUCAAUUCAUCGACUAAUCCUACUACUAAUAAUAAACCUAAAGGAAAUGAUACAACUAAUAAAUCUUGUUGUGGAUUAAUUACUAAAUGUAAAAAUGUCAAAUUAAAAUUUCAAUUAUUUUAUACCUCGCCAAGAACUAAAUUCAUAUUUAAUGCACUUGUCUAUGUGAUAUUUCUAUUGCAUUUUUCAUAUACAUUACUAUUUCAAACAUUACCGGAUAGAAUUUCCAUUUCUGAAUCAAUUGUUAUUGCAUAUUUUAAUGCAAAACUAAUCGACAUGAUUCAACAGGUUUUUCAAUCUUGUAAUGGAAAAUUCGAUCUAUUAUCUAAUCAAUGGGAUGAUUUAUAUUGGAAUAAAUAUGAUUUAUUUUUAGUCUGUAUGGGUUUAUUCAGUGCAUUGUUACGCAUAGGCCUCAGUACGACAUUUAUCUAUGCUAAAUCAUUGUAUGUUAUAACAUUGGUUGGUUGUUAUUUAAAAGUCUACAGUCUCUAUUCACAUCAUCCACGUUUAGGUCCUAAAUUAGUGAUGAUACAAAGUAUGCUUAUUGAAUUACAAAUGUUUAUAUUCAUUCUUGUUGUUGUAUUGGUUAGUUAUGGUGUAUCACAACAAGUAUUACUUUAUCCAUAUCGUGCUAAUUUUUCAUUGCAAACUUUACGUGAUAUAUUCUAUUAUCCUUAUUGGAAUUUAUACGGUGAAUUGAUGUUGGAAUAUGCACUUGCUGAAAAAGAAGGAUGUACAAAUGCUGGUAUAUUGAGUUCAGAAUGUCCAAUGCCAAAUUAUUUAAGUCCAUUAUUUUUAGCUGUUUAUUUAAUGAUUGCUGGAAUCUUAUUGAUCAAUCUAUUGAUUGCAAUAUUCAGUAAUGUAUUUGAAAAAAUUGAAGAGAAUUCAAUUGAAUUAUGGAAAUUUAAUAUAUUCUCCAUUGUAUUAGAAUAUAGUAAUAGACCUGUUCUACCAGUACCAUUCUCUGCUAUUACAGCUAUUAUCAAAUUGAUAUUAUAUUGUUUACGUGUUGAAUUCAUUUGUUCAAAGAUUCAAUAUUGCUGUAAAAGAAUCACUUCGGUUGAUGAUCAUAGUGAUGAUGAAACACACUCAUUAACCAGUUUAAGAAAAACUACUACAGAUUCAAAUGAAAAUCCUCGUUUAUCGCUUGAUUAUGCAUCAUAUAAUUCAGAGAUAUAUAUUGAUGAUGAUGGGCCUAGUUCAAGACAAUUAGAAAACUAUUGUAAAGGUGUUCUUUUAAGAAGGAAUCUAUUCAAACAAAUGGAAUAAUUUGUAUGUGCAAAAGAUAAUCGAUCAAUCAUAUCAACAAUUUAAAACUACCAAAAGAAUUAAUUGUAUUAUCCUGUGUUCAUUUUUUUUAAAUCACAACAAUCAUUUCAUUUAGAAUAUAUUUUAAAUGAAGCGAAUUGUUUUUUUCCACUUCUGAUAUCUACAUAUGUAUGAUAAAUAAUAAUUGAAUUUUUUUUCUAAAAUGUAAUUCAUGCUUAUUUUUUUUAACAAUCAUCUUUUCUGAAUUCUUUCUUAUCCAUGUCAUACAAUGUUUUUGAAUUAUUUUCAAUCGGAACAUUGAAUUGUCUUUCUUGUUUUAUUGUAUCAAUUUAUAGUUUGUUUAAGUUUGUUUUGUUUUCUUUUCUGUUGCUAUGGAAAAAAAGAGAACAGAAAAUAAUAAUAAUAAUAAUAAUAAUAAUAAUAAUUAACUUUUAUCUCUUUUAUUCAUUUUGAUGGAAUUUUUUUUGAAGAAUCGAUUCAUACAAUCAAUCAAUCAAUGAAUGUGGUGUUAGGAUUAGAAAAGAGAAUGCUUUUUUUUCAACUUUUUUUUUCAUUAGUCCCGGUAUUAAAGUUUUCAACUUCAUUAAUUACAAACUCGUUUUUUUUAUUAUUUCUAUUUUAUAAACUGAUGAAGCAAUCAUGAUAAUAAUAAUCAUGUUCAAAUGUUUGUUUGAAUUAUUAUUAUUUAUGAUGAUGAUGAU